CUGUCUCUCUCUCAGUCAGUCAGCUGUCUGUGGUUCUUCUCCAGUUGGCUCGGUUCGCUCUGGAUCAAGAUAUCCACUUUCCUCUGAGACUUGAGGCCAUCCGAACGUUUAACAGCAUCCUGGAGUUUCUGAGCCGCGAGCAGCGGAGACAGAUCCAGAUGGACCAGAACCAGACGCCAAUACUGUCUCAGGUGGCAGCAGCAGUUCUGACAGUUGGAGACUACGAGCUGCAGGUCAGCCUAUCAGAGGCUCUGUGUCGUCUGACUCCCAGGAAGGAGCGAGAGCACAGAGCCAAUCAGUGGUUCUCCUGCCGUGACAUCAGCAGAGCCUUCUGUGACAUCAGAGACGUAGACUUUGAGGUGGACUGUCGGCGUUUCCUGAACUUUGUGAACCGUUACCAUGGUGACCAGAGGAGAGCAUUCCUGGAUUCCACUGAGCUGUUUCGUCCUAAAGACGAGAAACUGGACGAGUUCUGGAUCGAUUUCAACGUCAGCUCAGGAUGUGUCAGCUUCUUUGUUGAUGAGCCUCAGGGCUUCCUGUGGGGAUCGAUCCACCUGCUGAAGGAGGAAGUGGACCGUUACAGUCUUUACCUGAAACAAGACGGAUGCACUGGGGCAGAGACGGUCCUCAGCGUGCAGCUGAACACUCCCAUCAUGCACCAGAACAGCCGAGGUCGUACGGUGGAGCUGAACUUUGACCCCGAACACCACAGAGACCUGGAGGAGGCUGCUGGGAGGGUCUUCAUGAAAGUAAAGAGUUCGUCCCCUCUCAAAGCUCCAGGUGGUACGGUCCAGGUGUCUCCGUCUGCAGAGCGACCCAACGGUCGCUGCUACGGCAGGAAGAAACCACAGAGCAAGAGUCAUCUGAAGAUCUUGCCUCUGUCAUCUCCGAGCAGUGAAGACGAUUCCUCCGUUACCAAGACUCCAGUGAGCAGAGCAGAGUUUCUGUUCGAUCAGAUCCGACACUCGACUCCGUCGUACGCCUCAGGGGUUCCUGUGGGGGCGGGGCUAGAGGACUCUAAGGAACGGACGGAGGAGUUUGGAGGAAACAUCUCUGCUUUGAGAAAGGAAGUGUUCAGCUCUGACAGGAAGAGAGCUGCUCCAGACUCAGGGUACCUGUCAGACCUGUCCUUUAAAAAGAAGAGGGCGGAGCCUCAUCCAGAGGGGGCGGGGUCUCCAUCAGAGGGGGAGGGGCCUAACUCACCUGUCACAGCCUCGCUGCUGCUGCCUGCUCACCUGCUGAUGUCACAGUCCUCACCUGAGGGGGCGGAGCCACCAGGGGAAGAGGAGGGGUCACCUGUAGAGAGGGAGGGGUCACCUGUCGAGGGGGCGGAGCCUGUGAAAGAGCCGGGGGCGGAGCCACAGAUGACAUCUGGUAUCACGGCGGCCUUCAACACGUUCAAAUCCCAUCUGGAACAGCACUUCACUGGCUGCUGGCAGAACGUAGAAACUGAAAUUCUUCUGUCAUUAAAAAAGUGUCAACAACAAGUCUCUGCGCUGGUGACAGCUAUCAGUCAACACAGGUUAGUGCUGAUGCAGAGGUUUGAGACCAGUGUUUCUGAUCAGCUGAACCAACUUCAUGAGAACUCCAGCAACCUGAACGCCAUCAACACACAGAUGCUGAGUUUCUUUUCAGUCUGAGAUGCAACGUCUGGGCUCCUUCUGUGAUGAACGCCUGCAGAGUCUGAAGUCUUUGGAGAGUGGUCAGUCGGGGGCGGAGCCUCCAUCCAGCCAAUGAACGAAGAGAAGAGAAGAGCCAAUCAGAAGCGGAACAAUCUGACCAUGA